CCCGAUUUGAGUGGUCGCAACUCCAUGCGGGAGAUGGCUAGUGCAAGUUUCCCCAUCCUUGUCGACUGAGACCGGGGCUGGGCAUAGGUUGACGAGGGCGCGCGUCUCGUGAGAUUGUUGUUAGUGUGUCCAGCAGGGGUGCUCCAUUGGAGCCCCAGACGGGAAUGGAGAGCUGUCGCCCAGACUGGCGUUUUGAGAUAAAAGCAUCCUGCGCGCGCUUCUCUCACAGCUGCCUUCUUCAUCCUGUUGUCCCAAGGGCUUGCGACCUUUACGUUUAUCUUGCCCAGUUUACAUAUCUUGAGUUGCACCUUGACAUCAUGGGUAUUAUGCUUAAGCCCCCGCCAGAUGUGCCUGGCAAGGCAUGGCCAGCCAUUGUAAUUGGUCUUUUCGUUGCCUUUGGUGGUGUACUCUUCGGAUAUGAUACUGGUACCAUUUCCGGCAUUAUUGCCAUGGACUAUUGGAAGAAGGAAUUCUCGACAGAGCCAGACCUCAGUAUAACUGCGGCUCAAGAUUCGUUGAUUGUAUCCAUUCUCUCGGCUGGUACCUUCUUUGGUGCUUUGACAGCAGCUCCAUUUGGUGACCUUCUUGGAAGACGUUGGGGUUUGAUCGUCUCAGCUGGUUUGGUCUUCAAUCUGGGUGUUAUCAUGCAAACUGCCUCGACCGCACAGCCUCUUUUCAUUGCUGGCCGUUUCUUCGCUGGAUACGGAGUUGGUCUUAUUUCUGCACUCAUUCCCAUGUACCAAAGUGAAACUGCGCCAAAAUGGAUCCGUGGAACGAUUGUCGGAGCGUACCAGUUGGCUAUCACCAUUGGACUGUUUCUGGCUGCCAUUGUAAACAAUGCGACCAAGAACCGUCAAGACUCGGGAUCGUACCGUAUCCCCAUUGCUGUUCAAUUCGCCUGGUCUAUCAUCUUGGUUGGCGGACUUCUCUUCCUCCCAGAGACCCCCCGAUACCUCAUUAAGAUGGACAAGUACGACGAAGCCGCGAAGAGUCUCGGACAACUCCGCCGCCUGCCUGUCGACCACCCCGCUGUUAUCGAGGAGCUCAACGAGGUGCAAGCCAACCAUCUCUACGAAAUGUCACUGGGCAAAUCGACAUACAUUGAGUGCUUCCAGGGCACACUGGGCAAGCGACUGUUGACGGGAUGUUUGUUGCAAUCGCUACAACAGUUGACUGGUGUCAACUUCAUUUUCUACUACGGAACUCAGUACUUCCAGAGGGCUGGGUUCGACAACCCCUUCAUCAUUCAGGUCAUCACCAACUGCGUCAACGUCGCUUCUACUUUCCCUGGUCUCUGGAUGGUUGAACGCCUCGGCCGACGUAACCUCCUCUUGCUCGGAGGUGUUGGCAUGUGCGUGUGCCAGUACAUUGUCGCCAUCACCGGAACGGUCGCCGGAACUACCGAUUUGCCUGCUCAACGUGCUGCCAUCGCUUUCGUGUGCAUCUAUAUAUUCUUCUUCGCCAGCUCCUGGGGACCGGUCGCGUGGGUUGUGACCGGCGAGCUUUUCCCUCUCAAGGCUCGUGCCAAGUGUCUUUCCAUGACCACUGCUAGCAACUGGCUGCUCAACUGGGCUAUUGCUUACUCGACUCCCUACAUGGUUGACCCCGAUCACGCCAACUUGCAAUCUAAGGUGUUCUUCAUCUGGGGAAGUUUCUGCUUCGUCUGCAUCUUUUUUGUCUGGGCCAUGAUCUACGAAACCAAGGGUCUCACCCUCGAACAAGUCGACGAACUAUACGGUAUUGUUGGAAAGGCGUGGAAGUCCAAGGAGUUCCGCCCUGCCGUCUCAUAUGCCGAUAUGGAUCCUUCUGUAGCCCGCAACGUUAGCCUCAGCGAGGUCGCAGCCAACCAGGAGAGGAAGCGCAGCAUUGCGCACGAGGAGGCAGCUCCCGUUGCUGAUACCCAGACUGCUAAGUUCUAGGUGCCUUCCCGGGGAACCGCACAUAUUAGUAGUAAACCGGUACUGCUCAAACUGGCCCCAGCAAGGCGAAAUGAACGAAGGAAAGAAAUUGCGGAGGAGUAGUAAUUUAAUCAAGCACAGUGAUCAAUACGUAUGCGUGCAUUAUACACAAUGCAAACCCAGCAAAACCCAAC